AGCCCCCGCACACGGGUUAUGUUCUAGUCACAAGAAAGGAGACGGUACACUAACGAGGAGAAAACGACGCUGUGUUACAUAGAAUUGAUACGAUAUAAAGAUUGGUUACAUCUUACCUCAUGCUAUUUCAUUAAGGGGAGCGUUUUAUUGGCGAGCCUGUGAGUAGAGUUUUUAUUUUUUAUUUUUUUUCCCUGAACUGGAACGAUGGGACAAGAAGGACAAAGACGAGGAUUGCGGGGUUGGUGGAUAGCCGUCCGUGUGUCUGCGAUCCUGAGCUGCAUUUCACUGGUUUCAGCCCAGAUAAAAUAUUCAAUUCCAGAGGAAGUAAAAGUAGGGUCUGUUGUUGGAAAUAUCGCAAAGGAUCUUGGACUGGACAUCAGCACAUUGGGGGACAGACGAUUUCGGAUUGUUUCAGGAAUAAGAGACGGUCAGUUUGAAGUCAAUCAGAACAAUGGCGCACUGUUUGUGCACAAGAAUAUAGACAGAGAAACCCUCUGUGAAAGCAUUUCGCCGUGUUUGAUGGAUCUAAAAUUAGUAGCUGAGAAUCCCAUGGAAAUACAUUACGUUGGGGUAGAAAUUUUGGACAUAAAUGAUAAUGCACCGACUUUUCAAGAGAAUGAAAAAAAAAUUGAAAUAGCUGAGUCCAGUCUGUCAGGCAGACGUUUCCAGCUGCCAAGUGCUCGUGAUCCAGAUGUUGCUGGCAAUGCUAUACGUAUGUACAAAUUAAGUCAUAAUGAACAUUUCAGUUUACAAAUUCGAGACAGAGGAGAAGACAAAGUACCACAUUUAGUUUUGCAAAAACCCCUUGAUAGAGAAAAACAAAAUGAGCAUAAACUGAUUCUAACAGCAUUAGAUGGGGGAAAUCCUCCAAAAUCAGGGACUCUAAAUGUCACAAUAACUGUCCUCGAUUCAAACGAUAAUCAACCCAUAUUCAACCAAGAGGUAUACUCAGUAACAUUGCCUGAAAAUGUAAAUGUGGAUCGGAUUGUAAUUACUGUUAAUGCUACCGAUCUAGAUGACGGUUUGAAUGGAGAAGUUGAAUAUUUUUUCGGUGGAGAACUUGACCCUCAGAUACAUGAAAUUUUUAGCUUAGAUAAAGUCAGUGGCGAAAUCAGAACAAAAGGAGAUAUUGAUUUUGAAAAAGCUGAAGUUUAUAAAUUAGAAAUACACGCAAGUGACAAAGGAACACCUCCUUUGGGUGCAGAUUGCACUGUCCUUAUCAAAGUGCUGGAUGAAAAUGACAACAAACCAGAAAUUGAGGUGACAUCUCUUUCUAAGCAGGUUUCAGAGAACUCCAAACCUGGUACUGUGGUUUCUUUAAUCAGUGUUAGAGACCAGGACUCAGGUUUAAACGGUAAGGUAAUAUGUAGUCUUUCAGACAACACGCCAUUUAAUUUAAAACCAUCAUUUCAAGAAAAUAUGUACUCUUUAGUUGUCAAGCAACAUUUGGAUCGAGAGUCAGUUUCUCAAUAUGACAUAACCCUAACAGCUACAGACUGUGGUCAGCCUCCUCUAUCUACUUUUAAAACUCUGAGUAUUGAGGUGUCAGAUGUAAAUGAUAAUGCACCAGAAUUUUCACAUAACCCCAUUCAACUUUAUCUGACAGAAAACAACGUUCCUGGAAACUCAAUAUUUUCUGUUUCUGCUUCUGAUAAAGACUUGGAUGAAAACGCAGCUGUAAAAUAUCAUUUAGUCAGAGAGGAGGGAAGCCAGUCGAAAAUUAUUGCAUUUUUAAAUGUUAACUCAGAAAAUGGACAAAUUGUUGCGCUGAAAAGUUUCGACUUUGAAACCCUGAAAACUUUCCAGUUCCAAGUUGUGGCGUCAGAUUCUGGGACUCCGUCCCUGAGCAGCAACGUGACAGUGAAUGUGUUCAUCCUGGACCAGAACGACAACGCUCCAGUCAUCCUGUAUCCAGUCAGCUCCAACGGUUCUGCUGAAGGUGUGGAGGAGAUUCCCCGCAAUGUGAAUGCAGGACACUUGGUGACCAAAGUCAGAGCCUAUGACGCUGAUAUAGGAUAUAACGGCUGGUUGCUGUUUUCCCUGCAGGAAGUUACUGACCACAGCCUCUUUGGUUUGGACCGCUACACAGGACAGAUCAGAACCCUUCGCUCAUUCACAGAGACAGACGAGGCUGAGCAUAAACUGGUCAUCCUGGUCAAAGACAACGGCAACGUUUCCCUCUCAGCAACAGCUACUGUGAUUGUCAAGCUGGUGGAGCCCAAAGAGGCUUUUGCAGCUUCUGAUGUUAAAAGUGCAGCAAAGGAUGAUGAGGAUACUAAUGUGACUUUUUACCUGAUGAUCACUCUGGGCUCAGUUUCAGUUCUGUUCAUCAUCAGCAUCAUCGUGCUGAUAGCAAUGCAGUGCUCCAAAUCCCCAGACUAUACUUCUAAAUAUCUCCAAGAGACUAAUUAUGAUGGGACCCUGUGUCACAGCAUCCAGUACAGAUCUGGAGACAAACGAUACAUGUUGGUUGGACCCAGAAUGAGCAUAGGAUCUACUAUAGUACCUGGAAGUCAUGCAAACACACUAGUGCUCCCUGACAGGAGGAGGACUUCUGAGGAGGUAAGAGUUUGA